UCGUCAGUCAGUGACCGGAACUGUAAAACCGUCUCGUCCCACUCCCCGCGCGCGGGCAGAUUUACAGCGCGCUUCAGCCGCACGAGACAAACAGCAGCAAUUACCUCGAGGGGAAAACACUCGCCUCGACAAACCUACGGCAAAAACCAGCGUCGCGAGCUCUGAGAACAAGCACGCUGAGAUUUCACAGUCCGUAGUAAUUUCUCACACAAAGAGAAGGAGGGCUGGAGAAGACACCACCAUCUCCGGUGCGCGUGAAGCUCGAGGUGUACUGUGAUAUGGAGCUGCGAAGGUUUGCGUGUUCCGGUUGAGGACGUCUGAAGGAACAGCGUUUCAUUUCACCGACCACUUUGAUGCAGAACUAUUCCAUGACCAUUUAUUAGCACUCCGGCGGAUCUGAAUUGGAAUAGCUAUUAAAAAAGGACUUUUGGUCACCUGAACAAGUUUUUUUCUUUUUUUCUUUUUCUAAAUGACUAUAUUUGUGCUUUCGGGGCUUCUCUUUUUUUCCUCACACUUAAGGAACCGUCUGUGAGAAGUCGUUCAGGAUGUUGACAACUCUGCGUAAAUGGAUAUGAAAUAAGGAACACUUUGGUUACGCCUGGAAAUCGCUUCAUCUUAGUCGUGUGACUGUUCUUACGCCGCAGUCUUUGUUUCCCAACCCAUUCGCUUCACGUUUAAUCCGUUUUAGGGCACCGAAAGUCACUUCCGCCGAUUCCGUAACAGUUCGGUUGAAACUCGUUCAUAAGCUCGUGCCCGUCUCGUUCGAGCAUCGUCACUUCUGCAGAUGUGCUCUGGUUCUAUUCUAACCAUCGUGUAGGUGUUGAUGGAGAGCCUUUCGAAUGACAGCCGGGACAGUGGUAAUCACAGGAGGAAUUCUAGCUACAGUAAUCUUACUGUGCAUUAUCGCUGUACUGUGUUACUGUAGGCUGCAGUACUAUUGCUGUAAGAAGGAGGAGUCGGAGUCAGAGGAGGAGGAGCCUGACUUCGCCGUCACAUCUCGUUUGCCACCGGUGCAUUCAAACCACAACAUCCUGGCGGCCACUGUCCCAACGUCAACCACCCCCAAUGGGCCUGCCCUUUUCACGCCCCCGCAAACACGAAAACUGACCCGUUCACAGACUUACUGUCCAUCCUGUACACAUUAUGACCUGCCAUUUUACUUGCAGCAGCCAGACGGCCUGCGAAAUGGCGGAGAACGAAUUAGCUACCGCAGCAUGUAUCAACAAGAUUUGGGGCUGCCCACUCCAUUGCCCACCCUGCUGCCCACCCAGCUGCCGACGCCACUACCCAACUACCACAAACUAAACCUCAGCCGCUCAGUUACCAUGAGGGAGAUGUUCACACGAAGCUGCAGCAUUAGCACUGACGUGUAGCCAUUCAGAUUUAAAUGAUGCUAAAUGCUAACAGCUAACUGCAUCAACGCAGGCAACAGACUCAAUUCUCAUUAAAAAAACAUUACUCAUUUCAUAAAGCUGUUGUACUUGCCUGCAUAAAUACAAUGUCAACAAUGUCCUCUGGAAACUCCCAGAGUGGCAAGCUUUUAGGAAGGCAUCCCAGUGUGUUUGUUUGUAACUGGGAACUAUAAAGGCAAAAAUGGGGUGAGAGCAAACAUUCUGAGAUACUCUCUCUCCUUCAGCACACCUGCUUCACUCCUGAAUCUCUUGUUUUGUGUUUUCAGUAAUUGGAAAGAGGAUUCAGAAAAUGACUCAGAGGUUUUUAUGAUUUCCUUACAUUUUUGUCGAAAGACACAUCAAUACACGGAAUACUUGUAUCUUGUAUUUUUAAAUAUUCGUUCUGAAUGGAAAGUUUUCUAUUGUUCAAGUAGCUCGGGACAUUUUAGCUGAAUAAUAAAUGAUAUAGCCACCAACUUUGUUUUAACACACCAACACAUGUAAUACAACUUAAGAAAAUCCCUAAGUGGGCUGCAGUAAAACUGUUAGAACAAAAUGUAACAACAUAAUGUAAGCAUUUGAUUAUGGGAUGAGAAGCAUUUUUUAUACUGAAAAGUUACUGUGUGGGAUUCUAUAAAUGAAUAGAUGUUUUCACAAUUUGUGAAUUAUUUGUUCUGUUUUGGAUGUUUAAAUAUAUAUUUUUUUUAAAUUCACAUUUCUCCUAUCUAAAGAGGCACAUGUUUUUGUUUCGGCUGCAUUAAAAUGAUUUCCAUUGAUUUUAUUUUUAAAACCCAAAUGUGAGAUGGAUAUAAGGGCAGUGGAUUCUUGAUUUCAAGUGCUACAUUUGCUCUUUCUAAAUGCUGCUUGUUGGACUAUGAACAGAACAUCUUCUGCCAGAAGGGUUUUUCUAUCUCGCUCUUUCUCUCUCUGCUGUUCAUGCUUACAGAGGUGACAGUUAGCCUAUUUCCUGUGCGUUGUUGAUGUCAAAACAAGUGAGGCCAUGCACCAACUUUCUUCUUUUUAAUAAUGACACAGUGAUUAUCAAGAAUAUUUGUUCUGUUUCUAGACUGUUUGACAGUGAUAUUCUUCUAUCGCUGGGUGUGUAGCCACACACUACAGUCCUGCAGGUGACUUUGACUUCUGUGAUCACCUUGUGGUUGUGUUGUGAUUUCAGAAUUCUCUCCUAGCUCUUCUUUCACUCUCCAUGACCCCUUUAAAUCUCACGCUGUGUCUCUCAUCUGCACACAUACAUGUUUCAGUGCCUGUUAAUGCCAACUGUAUUAUUAGGGGCCAAGCACCGUAGGUGCAAGGCACCAAUUGUAUCCAUUAGCGUCAUUUUUUUCUUCCGCCGCAAGACUAUGGCAGCACAUAGAACCGAUUGCGGGAAAGUUGUAUAAUUUGGCACACUGAUAGAGGAUAGUCCCAUCAUUAACUACAGCAAAUUUGAAGUCCCUAACUCCAACUCUCUAGCGCCACCACUUGUCCAAAAUGUCAAUAUUUUUAUGCUAAUAUCUUUUGAACCGUAAGCCAGAAAAUAGAAAUUAUUCCUCUGAAUCCUUGGCUCGUGCCAAGUCGAACGAACCCCCAAAUUUUAAAAAUCGCAAGGUUUAGUUUUUUUGCUAUUUUCGAUUGUUCGAAAAACCUACUUUUUCGAACUCGUCCUAGACGGUUAGUCCGAAUUUCACGAAAAUUGUCUCAGACCAUCUUCAGAUAAUGCUGGCUAAAAGUUAUGGAAUUCAAGUUGAUUCGUCUUACCGUUCUCGAAUAACACGUGAACAAAUUUGACGAAAAGCACGCAAAUAUGCAUGUGAGGCUAUAUCUCGGCAAUGGUUUGGUGUAUUGAGAUCAAACUUGGUGUGUGUUAUAACAAGCAUGACCUGAGCCUACCUGUAGUGUUUCGACGCAGUGCCACCUAGUGGUCAGGAGAUAUGAAAAAUGCAUAUUUUUGCCUUUAACUUCAGAAUGGUUUGGCCAAAAAUCACAUCUCUUUAGAUUCGUUGGGUCAUGUCGAGUCGAAUGAUAUCCAAUUUUCCCGUAUCAGCCAUUUUAGGCGUCGGCCAUUUUGAAUUAUGUUUUAAAAUGCUGUAUUUUUGAACGCAUUACCGUAUCAUUAUGAAAAUAAUUACAAAAAUAUUCAGCUCCAUGCCCUGAAGGUACUCAAAAAGUUUGGUGGAAGCGCCACCUUGUGGUCAAGAGUUAUAAUGAAAUAUCUAAAAAAUGCUAAUAACUUUUGAAUAAAUUAGACUAUUGAAAUGAAAA